AUGUCUAAACCAAUCGUCAACCACAUCUACACAGCAGAUCCCUCCGCCCACGUCUUCAACAACAAACUCUACAUCUACCCCAGCCACGAUCGCGAAACAGACAUCGCCUUCAACGACAAUGGUGACCAAUACGACAUGGCCGACUACCACGUCCUCUCCAUGGACACAAUCACCAGCCCCGUAACCGACCACGGUGUCGUCCUGCGUGACAAUGACAUCCCCUGGGUCUCAAAGCAACUCUGGGCACCAGAUGCCGCAACAAAAAAUAACAAAUUCUACCUCUUCUUCCCCGCCCGCGAUCAAAAGGGUAUCUUCCGCAUCGGAGUGGCUGUCUCCGAUUCCCCAGAAGGUCCUUUCGUCCCCCAGGAUGAUUAUAUCCAGGGAACGUACAGUAUCGAUCCUGCUGUCUUUGUUGAUGAAGAAGCUGGCGGCGAGGCGUAUCUGUAUGUUGGUGGGAUCUGGGGUGGACAGUUGCAGUGUUGGGUUGAAGGGAAGGAUGUUAAAGAUGGGGAGUGGGUUGAUGGGGAUGGUGUUGAUGGAAAGAAGAGACUUGUUUUCGAUGAGAGUAUGUCUGGACCUCAGGAGCCGUCUGGCGAGGGUGUGAAGGCGCUUUGUCCGCGUGUUGCGCUGUUGAGUGAUGAUAUGUUGUCGCUUGCAUCCCCCGUGAAGGAGGUUGUUAUUCUUGCGCCGGAGACUGGGGAGCCUUUGUUGGCGGAUGAUCAUGAGAGGAGAUUCUUUGAGGCCGCUUGGGUGCAUAGGUAUAAGGGGACGUAUUAUUUCUCUUACUCGACGGGUGAUACGCAUUUCUUGGCUUAUGCCACCGGUGACUCGCCUUAUGGGCCGUUUACUUACCGGGGACGCAUUUUGGAUCCCGUGCUUGGGUGGACGACGCAUCAUUCCAUUGUGGAGUUCCAGGAGAAGUGGUACUUGUUUUAUCAUGACUGUGAGCUUUCCAAGGGAGUUGAUCAUUUGAGGUCGGUGAAGGUUAGGGAGAUUAUUUAUGAUGAUGAAGGGGCGAUUCAUCUUGCUGAGAAACAGACUGCCGUUGAAUAG